AGGAUUAAAAUCUAAGAAAACCUCAAGAUAUUAUGCAGAAGACUGUCUGACAUGGCAGUUGCUCGCCAUCACUAUGUGUUGGACUAUACAAGAUACUUGGGAAUCAGAAAGAAGAUUGAUUGGAGCAAGGGUGUUCUAGCACGACUUCCAGAACACUAUAAAAAAUUCUAUGAGGAAUGGAAACAUGGGCCUGAAAUCCCUGUGCAUUGGAAGCCUAAUGAAGUCCUAUUGUAUCGACAUGAGGAGACAGGUGAAAUCAAGAGGAGGGAGAACAUCCCUAUCCCAAUCACCUAUCCCAAGGAGCAUAACCAAGGUAUUUGGGGAGGAGAAGGUGUUGUGUAUGGUUACAAGAAGAAAGUUUACAGGAAGAGGAGAGUCCCACAUUGGUGGGCGCCCACACUCAUUCGCACUGUUGUUUACAGUGAGAUUCUGGACAAGCACAUGUCUCUUGUUACCUCUGCUGCAGACCUCAAGUCAGAACUAGCCCUGUCAAUCAAGCGGCUGUUGCUUUUAUCAAUUGCAAGGAAGAACUUGUAUCCAGAUGAUCCCAAAAAACAAAAGGAAGUAUAUGAUAAGUACCAGCAAUAUUCCAUCCCUGAGGAUGAAGCAGAUUGGUAUGGAUUGUCCCUUCAAUAUGCAUGCUUGAAGCAGGAAUAUCUAGAAGCUCAAGAGCAGCCAGAACCAUUAAAGCACAGGUUUCGAAGGGAGCUCAUCGAUCAACUCAUACACUCUGAAAAAAACAUGCAAGAAAUUCCAAAAUCAGAAAAAGGCUGGCUUGAGAGACUUCAAGAAUGGAAUCCUUUCCAGAACAAGUCCUGAAGACAGGUGACAUAGUAAUUCAAAGAAACCCAACUGUGGCAGUUCAAGAAGUGAGUUUUCAUUCUCAAAAACCCUGCAAAAAUAUAAUAACCAGGUAUCAUAUUGCACCAAAAGGGAGAGAUGAAAACUCCACAUGUUCUGAAGAGCUAUGCACCUCUGUCUUUCUAUC